CACGCUGUUUCUCUUCCUUUUCCGCUUCGCGUUUCACGGAGUGAGUACUUUUCUUGGCUAGUGAGACAGACAUCGUCUAAGGCAGAAGACAUUGUGAGGUCAGGAUGCGCGCUUCCGGUACGUUAAAGGAAUACCGCGUGAUCGGGCGCAAAUUGCCGACCCCGGAUGAGCCCGAGACGCCUCUGUACCGCAUGAAAAUCUUCGCUCCCGAUCAAGUGGUGGCCAAAUCGCGGUUCUGGUAUUUCUUGCGUCAACUCCGGAAGUUCAAGAAGACCACCGGCGAGAUCGUCUCGGUCGAGGAGAUCCGGGAGCAGAAGCCCCUCAAGAUCAAGAACUUUGGUAUCUGGCUGAGGUACGAUUCGCGAUCCGGCACCCACAACAUGUACCGCGAGUACCGCGACUUGAACGUUAGCGCCGCCAUCACUCAGUGCUAUCGUGAUAUGGGAGCCCGCCACAGAGCCCGUGCUCAUGCCAUCCAGAUUAUUCGCGUAGAGCCCGUGGCUGCCUCCAAGACCCGUCGUCCCUUGGUGCAACAAAUGCACGACUCGAAGAUCAAGUUCCCUCUGACAUCCCGCGUGCAAAAGCGGGGAGGCUCGCUCUUCAAGGCCAAGAGACCCGAUACCUACUUCCAAUAAGCGUAUGAUGUGUGUCGGGGCCCUUUAUGACUAUUUGGGGACACCGACAUGUGCUAUGGGGUUAAAUAAAUGCGAACAGUCUCUACCA